AUGGACAUGGAUUACGAUUUUUCUGAAAACUAUGAUUUCACACUGCCAGAAGAAGAUUCAGAAAUGCAAAUUGAGCCAGAGUGGAUGACCCUAAACCGUCAGUGGACUCAGAACAAUCCUUCAGUCCUAUUCCAAAAGCACUCUCCAGCAGUUCUAGAUGGAUGGGUUACUCUCGCUCCAAUAGAUCCAGGCGAAAAUUUAUUUACCAAUGAUUCCAAUAAUAAAAUUUAAUUUUUUUUUAUAUGUUUUAUAUAAUUUUAUUUUUUAAAAAAAACCAAUGAAGAAUCUAUGAACUUAGACAAGCUUUUUAAGCCUCAGCCAACCCCUCGCAAGCGAAGCUUCAUGGAAAAAAUGGACCUUCCUUCAUUGGUUGAGGACCCUGAUAAUUUUAAUAUUGACAAAUUAUUUGCAGACUCUGAUAGUUCUUCUGUAACUUCAGAUGCUCGCAAACGGCAGCUCUGGACUAAAACUGAAGAAGAGCAAUUAUUUAAUUUUGUCAAUAAUUCAUAUCCUCAUUCAAAAAUCCCAAAUGAAGCUUGAAAUCAAUUAGCUUUUCAAAUGGGGAGAAGCAUGUGCAGCUUAAGAACAAAAGCUGCACAGCUUAUGAAGCAUGGACUUCAUCAUAAAUGAAUUAAUUUUUUUCACAAUUUUUUUUAUAUCCCUAAUGCACAUUUAUAUGAUAAAAAAGGCAUUUUAAGCAGUUAACACUCUAAUUAUAUAAAAAAAGUAUAUUUUUAUAUAAUAAUAAAAAAAAGAUUUAUCAUAAAACAGAAUCUACAAAGCGUGUAAAAUCAACAAAACCAACCAUAAACCACAUGAUCAACGAAGCAUUAAAAGCUCUUCCAAAUAACAUUGGAACUAAAGAAGAAAUCAUCCAAGCAAUUGAAAAAAUAUAUAGCAGCUACUUAUCGACUGAAACAAAUGAGGACCAAAAAGAGUGCAGGUGGAAAAGAAGCGUCAAACAAAUACUGUGCACCAGCUUCAAAAAAAUUCCUGGGUUUUACUCUUUGAAAAAUGGCACAAAAAACACAAAAAUAACAAAUAAUUCAAUGAAUGAGCACAUAAUUUGGGCAUUAAGCACACAUGGAAAUUUGACAAGAAAAGAUUUGAAAUGUAAAAUAAAAGAAAAAUUUGGAGAAAAUUUAAACUCGACUAUCAACAGUGAAAGCAAUUUGCAAGCGUGGGAAAAGACACUGCUUAAGAAGUUAAGCAGAUGCCCGUUAAUAGACACAAGCAAUUCGGAUGAUAAAUACACAUUCCGAAACACUUGAGGAGCCCAGACAUGAGCUCUCACAGAUUCUUUAUUAAAUAACUCAAUUGGUUAUUACUUAAAACGCUUUAAAAAUUUAAACUAA